GUAUCAACACCGAUGUAUUUCUCUACCAUUUACCACAGUUUCCACCCUGCUGUUGUGCACGGAAGAAUAACUACGGCAUUAGCAAGUACUGUGGUGCACUAUUUUGACCCGAACUACUUUUGGGGACGGGGUCGCGGAUAAAUACUGUGUUAUGAGACCUGGAAAGGUCAGUUUGCCUGGCAGCCAUUGUUGUUUGUCGGAGUGUAACGUACGUGUAUACGACUACUUUGCUCCAGUUUGAGACCACUUUCAAGACAAUUUGACACUUCAGCGAUGAAUCAGCAUCACAAACCGGAAGAAAUUGGUGCGAGAAGCGGUGAGGUCGCUAUGGACGAUCGUCCAGCUAUACACCCUGGGGACGAGACAAGCAGCAGUGAGACAUUAGACACGGGAAGGCAGCAAAAUAAGGAAGGAAACAUUCCAUGUGAGGAAAAGUGUGGAGUAGAAUCUGACCAUCCUCCCGCACGGGGUCGAACAGAGCAGAAGGACAGACUUGCGGUGAAACGCACUGUGAAUAAACGCUUUGCGUGUACGGAAUGUGGCUACAGGGCAGCCAAAAAGUCUGUCCUAAUCAAACACACAAGAAAACAUACAGGUGAGAAACCAUAUAAGUGUGACCAGUGUGACUAUUCUGCUGCACAGAAAGUUCAAUUAGACCGACACAUGACUAAACAUACCGGCGAAAAACCCUACAUCUGUGGACAGUGUGGAUACUCGGCCGCUAUCAGGUGUCGCCUAUUGGAACAUAUGAGAAUACAUGCUGGCGAGAAACCUUACAAGUGUGACCAGUGUAACUAUACUUCUGCAAAAAAAUACAAUUUAGACCAACACAUGACUAAGCACACCGGAGUAAAAACUCUCAUGUGUGGGGAGUGCGGAUUUCGAACGGCUGGUCCAACCUAUCUCGACAUAUGAGAACUCAUACAGGCGAAAAGCCCUACAGGUGUGACCAAUGUGACUAUUCUACUACACGCAAAAGCAUUUUAAACCGACACAUAGCUAAACACACUGGCAACAAACCCUACAUGUGUGAAGAGUGCGGAUACAGGACGGCUGACAGGUCUUACUUGACCAUACAUGUGAAAAAACAUACAGGUGAGAAACCUUAUAAGUGUGACCAGUGCGACUAUUCUGCUGCACAUAAAGUUUCUUUAGACCUUCACUUUACUAAACACAGCGGAGAAAAACCCUUCAUGUGUGGACAGUGCGAAUACAGGACGGCUCGCAUGACUAACCUAACCGCACACAUGAGAAAACAUACAGGUGAAAAACCUUACAAGUGUGACCAGUGCGACUAUUCUGCUGCACAGAAAUGCCAUUUAGACCGACAUGUGGCUAAACACGCCGGAGAAAAGCCAUAUAUGUGUGAAGUGUGUGGGUACAGAACGGCUCAGAGGUCUAACCUAUCCGUACAUAUGAGGAAACGUUCGGGUGAAAAGCCCUAUAAAUGUGACCAGUGCGACUAUUCUGCAUCACACAAAUGUAAUCUAGACAAACACAUGUAUAAACACACCGGCGAAAAACCCUUCAUGUGUGGAGAGUGCGGAUUCAGGGCGGCUGACAGGUCUUACUUAACCGUACACAACAUACAGGUGCGAAACCUUUCAAGUGUGACCAGUGCGACUAUUCCGCUGCACAGAAAUCGCACAAAUGAAGAUAUCAGUACACAGUAUUUCGCCAUGGGGAUUUAUAUGGUUAAGGACCCCAACGUGUGGAGGUUCGACGCCUCAAAAUUCAUAGCAAGAUGUUUUAUCGUUGUUUUAGAAAUGGGUGAGAGAAGCGGUGAUGUCGCUAUGGACGAUCGUCCAGCUGUACACCCAGAGGACGAGACAAUCAGCAGUGAGAAAUUAGACACGGAAAGGCAGCAGAACGAGGAAGGAAACAUUCCAUGUGAGGAAAAGUGUGGAGUAGAAUCUGACCAUCCUCCCGCACAGGGUCGGACAGAGCAGAAGGACAGACCUGAGAAAGUUCAUUUAGACCGACACGUGACUAAACACAAAGGAGAAAAACCCUUCAUGUGUGGGGAGUGCGGGUACAGAACGACUGACAGGCCGACAUAUGAUAAACACACUGGGGAAAAACCCUACAUGUGUGGGGAGUGCGGAUACACGGCCGCUGCCAGGUCUAGCCUAUCCAAACAUUUGAGAAGACAUACGGGCGUCAAACCCUACAAGUGCGACCAAUGCGACUAUUCUGCUGGACACAAAGAAAUGGGUGAGAGAAGCGGUGAGUACGCUAUGGACGAUCAUCCAGCUGUACACCCUGCGGACGAGACAACCAGCAGCGAGAAAUUAUACACAGAAAGGCAGCAAACUGGGGAAGGAAACAUUCCAUGUGAGGAAAAGUGUGGAGUAGAAUCUGACCAUCCUCCCGCACAGGGACGAACAGAGCAGACGGACAGGCUUGCGUGUGACUAUUCUGCUGCACAGAAAGUUCAUUUAGACCGACACAUGACUAAACAUACCGGCGAAAAACCCUACAUCUGUGGAGAGUGUGGAUACUCGGCGGCUAUCAGGUGUCGCCUAUCGGAACAUAUGAAAAUACAUGCUGGCGAGAAACCUUACAAGUGUGACCAGUGUAAAUAUACCUCUGCAACAAAAUACAAUUUAGACCAACACAUGACUAAACACACCGGAGUAAAAACUCUCAUGUGUGGGGAGUGCGGAUUUCGAACGGCUAAUAGGUCCAAUCUAUCUCGACAUAUAAGAACUCAUACGGGCGAGAAACCCUACAAAUGUGACCAAUGCGACUAUUCUACUACAUACAGAAGCGCUUUAGACCGACACAUGGCUAAACACACCGGAGAAAAACCCUACAUAUGUGAUGAGUGCGGAUACAGGACUGCUAGCAGGUCUCACCUAUCCGAACACAUGAGAACUCAUACAGGUGAAAAGCCCUAUAAAUGUGACCAGUGCGACUUUUCUGCUUCACACAAAGGUAAUUUAAAGAAACACAUGGCUAAACACACCGGCGAAAAACCCUACAUGUGUGAUGAGUGCGGAUAUAGGACGGCUGACAAGUCUUCCUUGACCAGACAUAUGAGAACACAUACAGGUAUGAAACCUUAUAAGUGUGACCAAUGUGACUAUUCUGCUGCACAUAAAGUUUCUUUACACCGCCACCUUACUAAACACACCGGAGAAAAACCACUUAUGUGCGAACAGUGCGAAUACAGGACUACUAACAAGUCUUACCUGUCCGCACAUAUGAGAACACAUACAGGUAUGAAACCUUAUAAAUGUGACCAGUGCGACUAUUCUGCUUCAUGCAAAGGCAGUCUAGUCAAACACAUGUAUAAACACACCGGCGAAAAACCCUACAUGUGUGGAGAGUGCGGAUUCAGGACGGCUAGAAUGUCUCACCUAACCGUACACAUUAGAAAACAUACAGGUGAAAAACCUUACAAGUGUAACAAGUGCGACUAUUCUGCUGCACAGAAAGGCCAUCUAGACCGACAUAUGGCUAAACACAACGGCGAAUAACCCAACGUUCCGUGAGUGCAGGUACAGGACGGCUGUAAUACAAAACCUUAGAUAUGACAAACCAUAUACGUGUAAGUAGUGUGACUACACUGCAGCACAGUAAUACUAUGUUAACAAACACUGGACGAGACAAACCGUGGAAACUUGACCAGUGUGUACAUGAUAUUAAUAAACCUAUCCAGACACGUGCAAAAAUACAGUAGAAGUAAAGCAAAAAUGUGAUCAGUGCGACUAUUCUGCUUCAAGGAAAAGUAGUUUACACUUACACAUGGCCUAACACGCCUGUAAACUACCCAACCCUACAUGUGCGGUAUGCCCAUCUUAUCACUGAACUUUGAUAGUUGCUGUUGCAAAUAUGAAUAUUGAAUGACUCAAUUUGAGGACAAUAUUCUGUAUCCAACAUUGUAUUUUUGCUGUAAGAAGAAGUUGAUGCUCUUAGAUAACAAUGCUUGAUAACUUGGCAAACGUAGAUAUAGUACUGACCGUUAUUGAGUUUGUUCUUAUGUUAUUUCAUAUAUUACUUGGAAAAAUGGUGAUAAUCCGUGCGUUAUUGUAGCCCGAUUCUUUACAUGACGUGGAAAAAUAAAGCUGUACUUUCAAAGCGGCCUUCUCUUGCUGGUUAUGCAUGGCAUUCUCUCUCUCACAGGACACUUAUCAAUAACAAUAUUCUACAUACAUAAAAAUAUAGAAAUAAGAAUAAAAGAUUAAUAUACAGGGCGUAAGAUAGCACACGUAGUGUCUAUAAUGGAACAUAUGACAUAAUAUGGUCUGUAUAUACACGUGUAUAACUACAUUUGUAUUCGUAAGGGUCGCCGGCAUUCCCAGACUGGCCAUAGGUUAUUUUAAGCAUAUUGCAUUAUAAUGUUUUUAGAUAUAAACGUACUAGCUGUCUUUUCUUUAUUAGCAGAUCUCACCCGGCCAUCCUAGGCACACAAACGA